AUGGCAGGUACGGAGUUCAUCACCAUCAUCAACAACUCGGGGAAGGUUAUCAGCACGGGCAAGCAGCUGGUCAACAUCUUCAAGGAGGCGCAGGCAGCCUACCGGGAUCGGCGAGAUGCCGGGAAGGCCGAACGCGCCGAGCGCGCCGGAAUCCAGCGGGCUAAGACGUUUGACGUGGCACCGCGCGAGGAUUCGUACUUCGACAACUACCACUACGGCGGAGGGCAUCCGGACGACUUCGAUCAAGACUACGACCGCCGGUCUCUCCGCGACGGCUUCGGCCGCCGAAAGUCCCACGAUGACGAUGCCCGCUCGCAGGCCUCGUCCCGCCACAGCCGCCAAUCCCGGCGAUCCCGCCGUCCCCGUUCCCCAGAGCGCGCGCUUAUGCUGACCGAGGGCAACCUGAAAACACACUCCGAGGUCUCAGCUACAACACCGUCCAAGGCUCACCGAGCACCAUACGCCGAGACUGCGCCUCGAGACAUGCCACCUUCCAGGCCACCCCUCGCCAUCGGGGCGCCGCCCGCUUCCGAGUCGGCUGCGCCGGCCGGUGCUCUCAUCUCAGCAGCUCCGCCCGAGCGGCGGCAGCUCGUCCACCGCCCGCGCUCCGACCUCGGCAUCACGAGGAAGAAGUCGGUCGACAUGGACCUCGCCUACGGCGACAUCCCGCCUGACCUGGAGUCGCGGGUAGACCUCGACACUGGCCACCGCGACCCUGUUUACAACGACGCCGGGGGAGCGCCCGACCACGAAGACCCCCAGGAAACCCAAGCAAUAAACCUGAUGGACCGCAUCGAAGAUUACCUCGAGGAAGCGCAUUGCGUGCAGCACACGGCGUCGUCCAUGAUCGAGAACCUGCAGCGGAACCCGGAAGCCGCGGCCGCUGUUGCCCUCUCACUCGCCGAACUGAGCGCCCUGGUCGGCAAGAUGAGCCCCGCCUUUCUGGCCUUUCUCAAAGGCGGCAGCCCCGCUGUAUUUGCCCUGCUCGCGAGCCCCCAAUUCCUUAUCGGCGCCGGCGUGGCCGUGGGCGUCACGGUCGUCAUGUUUGGCGGAUGGAAGAUCGUGAAGCGCCUCGGGGCCGCGGCCACCGCGACCAAAACGCUCGAGACGCCGUUGGAGAUGCGCGCCAUGCCCGUGCCGGCCGCCGCUCCCACCGCUGCGCCCGAAAGAGCCUUGCCGCCAGCGCCCGCCCGAGCGCCGAGUGCUGCCAGUUAUGACGAGGCACUUGUGCUGCGCGAGGUCGAGGAGCUGAGCUCUAUUGAGUCGUGGCGCCGCGGUAUCGUGGGCGGCGUUGAGGACGAGUCGGCGGAUAUCGAGCUCAUAAGCCGCGAGGCUGAGCGUGCGCUCAAGGAGAAGCACAAUCUGGAUCUACCCGACGAGGUCGAGCCGUGCGAUUCUGUCUCGCAGGUCAGCCGUGCCCCCCGGAGUGAGCGGUCGAGCAGGUCGCAUCGCGGCCAUCGCAGCAGCGGCAGCCGCAAACACCGCGAGAGAGAUGAGGAGACGCAGGUCUCGGAGCGGAGGAGCAGUUCUGGCAGGAAAGACAGGGACGGCGGCGAAAGCGUGGCGGGCAGCGAGAGGAGCCAUCGGAGCCACCGCAGCAGCCGCAGCAGCCGCAGUCACGAAGGGUCCUCGGUCUCGCGGUCGUCCAAGCACUCGGCUAAAAUCACCCUCAAGGCUAUCGAGGAAGGCGACGACGACUCCGCAAGCGCGGCCGGCAAGCCGAAGGAGAAGAAGCGGGACAUGAUCAAGCAGCUGUUCAAGAUGAAGAAGGAUAAGGACGAUCGCGACCGCGCUAUGUCGGUCAUGGUUUGA